AUGGGUUCCGGAAACUUCCUACCUGCGCCAAAUUGCCAGGACGAGUACAGAGAUAAGGAACAACCGAAACCUGCCAUUACAGAGGCGCGGAAGGAGCAGAAUCGGCGUGCACAGAGAGCCUUUCGAGAACGGCGAAGGUUAAGAAAGCGCAUAAUGCCGGAUACUGCGCCCAGGCGUCUUGCGCCGUUUCCACCAGAAGUUGAGGCGGAUGCGAUGGUAAGGUCGCCCGAUACGCAGGUCUUGGACUGGACACAGAAGUACACCGCGGACGAGGAAAUGUUCACCUUCUCCUCACCACAGAACUUAUUUCCCACCGAGGAAUGCAUGUCAAAGCCUUGCACACCUUUCACACAGUUGUUGACAUUAGUACGAGAGCGGCCAAGGUGUGCGCUCUGGCCCCAUGGAGCCACUGCGACCCUCGCAGCGUGCCUCUUCAACGCUCGCGUCCUGGGCAUUGACAUUGAGCGAGUGAUGGAUCCACAGUAUAUGUCGCCGUUCUAUCGACCCUCUUUGCCUCUGGCGCUGCGUGAAGGUCCUCCAUCCGCGGCGCCGUUGACAAACCUCGACAUUGCAUCGGAAUCACGAUUGCCACCCCUGGGUCCUUUGAAACCGUGCUUGGCCCAGAUCAGCUUCCCUCACCACGCAUGCCUAGACUUACUGCCACUACCACAAUUGAGGGACAUGGCUGUGAUGCUGACUGUUCGUGCCCAGCAAGAGCAAGCUGGUGCGAAAUCAUCAUUGCUCGAUGGUGUUCAGGAGCUCAAAAAGGAUGUCUAUGUACGGCAAGGAGUCAGAUUCCGUGGUGCAGGUGAACUAAGACGAGAUGAGAAGAUCACGUCUGACGAGAGUGAGCGGCACUGUGGACAUCCUUGGGAGAGGGCCAGUUGGGCUGUGGCACCGUGGUUUGCGAGGAAAUGGAAACACCUGAUGGACGUCUGA